AUGAUCGGGCCAAGACUGCCCCUUCUGCUCGCUGCAGCCGCCAUCAUCGCCUGCCUGGCAGCCACGGUGCGAGCUCAGGGCGGCAUCCCCGUUGUAAACGACCCAACCGCGGGGGAUCCGACCGCCGCAACAGCAGACGGCACCGCAGCAUCCGACACGGGCUCACCCAACCCGGGCGCAUCGACAGGCACCACGGCGGCAGGCUCAAGCACAGACGGCGGCCUCACCAACGUCACCUCCCUCGCAGGCACAUGGUCCAGCGGCUCCAUGGCCGUCGAAACCGGUCUCGAAUUCUUCAACCCGAUCUCGCAGCAGUUUAAGCUGCCCAAAAACUCGGGCAUCUCGUACAGCUUCACCGACGACGGCUUCUUUGAGCAGUCCAAGUAUCGCUUCGAGUCGAAUCCCAAGAGGAAUCGAUGCUUCAAGGCAUCGCUCAUCUGGCAGCACGGCAGGUACACGCUCCACGCCAACGGGUCCCUCACGCUGCAGCCAUUCGGGCCGGACGGCUACAUCCAGGUGCUCGAUCCCUGCGCGGCCAAGACACAGCAGAUCUACAACUACGACGAAUGGGAGCUGAUCCCGCAGUGGUACAACUACCUCGACGGCCACCUCGGCUUCCCGUCGGACCAGACGUCCAACUACGCGCUGCAGCUCUUCCAGUUUGACGGCGCCAAGAUGCCCAUGAUGUGGCUCAAGUACCGCCCGCCCACCAUGCUCCCCACCCAGCAGCUCUUCAUGAAGGUCCUCAACGGUUGA